GGGCUUGUAAACAAAUAUGGCGGACAUCGGUAGUCGGAGUCCCUUGCGAUGGGGAAGCCAGAAGGAUUGGCGAUCACAACCAGAUGACUUGUCUGAUACAGGAUACCAGAAUGAAGUUGAAGAGUGGGUAGAACUGAAUAGAAAACUCAAACAGAGUGGCCUACCUGGGAUAAAGCUGCUGCAUCCAGCUGAUGUCACACUACUAGCAGGAAGAACAAUCAGUUUGGAUACACAAAUGAGUAAAGUAGUGCGUGAAAAUAUAACAUCACUGAUGGGGGACUGUGACCAUAGACAAACACUUAUCCAGGACCUUAUUCUUACCAACAACAAGCUAAAGGAUGAUGUAGAAAAGCAGACAUCUUUAGCAGAGAAAUACCACAGUCGAAUGAAAGAGUUAAAAAUUCUGUUGGAGAGUUCAAGGACUAGAGUACAAGAGCUGGAACAAGAUGAAGACAUGAAGUCAUCAUUUUAUGUUGACGAGGAAGAAAAAAUGCUAAAUACCAAGAAUGCUAUUCAUGCUAAAUGUAAACAUUUGCAACAUAAGUGUCAGACUCAAGAAAGAGAGAUAGAACGCCUCAAACAAAAAAUGCAGCGCAUGGCAGAGGAGGAGGACAAAAGGACCAGCAGGCAAUCACAAAUAUUCCAGGAGUUCAAAAAAAGGACAUCUCGGGCUCACAACACCAUGGAUGACAAACUCUUAGAUGUCAUAGAUUCCUAUGAGCAGCAGAUUCAGGGACUUCAAAAAGAGCUGGACUUUUACAGAUCUGGAGUUAGUAUGGCCCCACAAGAGUCAGAGGAUGAGAAUCCUUUCCAGUCACUCACAUCAGGAACCUCACAGAAUCUGAAAGCUCUUAUAAAGUCCUAUGAGAAGCAGCUGAAGGAUGCAAACAAAAAGAUAAAGAAGAUGGAGGAUGAAAAAGAAUUGGCAAAACUAGACCUAGGGUCAAGGCCAGAAGUUGGAGAUUACCGUGUGGCACAGCUGAGAAUAAAGAAGCUAGAGAAAGUGUUGGCUAUCCACAGCAUCAGUGUACCCGGAGAAAAGCCAUCUAAGGAUCCCUACCGCUUGAAGAAGUCUUAUAGCACAAAGAUGGAGGAUGUUGAAUAUCUACCUCUUGACAUCUGUCGAAACUACCUCAAGGACAUCACCUGUGAGUUGGAGGCUGACGACUUACAACAGGUCCUCCCAUGUAUACAGAAACUUCGUGAUGAGAUUGACACAGCACAGAGAUAUGAACAGUUCUGUCGCUGUGUGGAGGAUAUUUCUCAGGAUCAGAAGGAAAGAGAGGGACGGAGGUCAACAAGUCCAUCACGCCGCAAGAAUGUAUUGUCUGAGAAACGCCUUCAAGAGAAUAUGUCCACACUUGAAGGAUGGAAACAGGACCAGGAGGGACUCGAGGAGUUACAAAUAUCUUUGAACAAGCUAGGAGAAAGAAUUGCUCCUUGGCUGAAGAUCAGGCUAGCAGGUACAGCCUCAGUACCAAGGAUCAUCUCUGCUGUAGAUAAACUAGUGUAUGAUGAUGGCAUCACCAUAGAAAAGGAUGGUAAGGAACGUCCAUCUAGGCCAGUCCUGGAGAAUAUCGUUCAACAUUUUCAGACAUUGUUUGAUGUUCCAUCUGUGUCUGGAGUGUUCCCCAGAAUGAAUGAGAUCUACACAAAGCUUGGUGAAGUACACAACAUACUCAACACUCUCAAGACACUUCUAGGUUUAGAUGAAGAUACAAAGUCAACAGACAUUGUGGAUGCAGUUGGACGACUCUGUCAAUCUCACACUACAACGACCAGUAAACAGUUGAAGGCACUCCUACAAACAGAGGAUCUAGAGGGGGUGAUCAGAAGGUUAGAUGAACAUAACAAUUUCUUCCCUGCAUUCAAAGAAAUAAUGAACAAACUCAUGGACAUAUUAGACAUACAGAGACUUGACCAAGUGAUCCCUGCAGUAAGAGCCCUGAAACUAUUGGCCAGCUGAUCUGGAUCAUCUCAUAAGUCUAUCAGGCUGAAUAUUUGUGUUAUGACACUUCGAUAUCCCAGCAUAAAAUACAGUAUACAAACAGUAUAAUGGAAUUAAAGGCAGCAUACGUGCUAUUUUGUUGAAAAACAAAGCUGUGUAUAAAGAAACAACGGCAUUUUCUUUUCUUUUUUGUAGAAACAUGAUGCCAUUAUCUACAAUGUAUAUAUACAAUAUUUUCUUUUGUUUAUAAAAAGCAGCGAGAUAUUUUAUGUAUAAAAUGUAUAAAAACAGUGAAAUACUUUGUAUAUACAUGUAAAAUGCAGUGACAUCAUCUGUGUUGGCAACGCUGACAUUUCAUGAAGGAUGAUUUAAGAUCAAUAUGUAUAUACCACAUAAGUUAUGUUAAGUUAUGUUGUAACAAUAGCAGCGAUAUAAAACUUACUUAAAAUGUUCCGAUGCUAAAUUGCUAGGCUAAUCCACUGUUGGAAUCACAAAUUAAACGUCAUUUAUGGGGUUUUAAGACUAUUUUAUGAUCAAGGCAUGAAUAUUUCCAACCCAAACGGCAUAAAUAUCUGUCAAAGAUGUGUUAACCUUUACAAAUUUUAUAAAUUGGAUAUUUUCCGAGUUGUAAGCCUAAUACGGAUGUAUAAGAAAUAGCUACGAAUGGAUAUCAAGUGUUAUUUUAAAACACGGGCAGUUAAUUUAUUGUUCCGGUUACAUUAAACUUGCACAUGUCAGCAAUUUUAAGAUGAAUGCAGAGGUUUCUACAAGUUUAUACUAAAACUACGGAAUUAUGAAUGCUUAUGUUAAGAAUGUGUUACUGUACUUUUUAAUUAAUGUUAGUAUGUUCUUGCGCGCUGAAUUAAAACGAUGUGAUGAUUUCAUAUUUGUCAUUUUACAGUUGUUUAAUCCUUCUAAUAUCCAGCCAUACGAAUUAGUAUUUAUUUAUGUUUAAAUAUCAUGAGCUAUUUGAACUAUAGAUAGUUAUUUUACUAGAGCCAUGAUAUUAUGCCAGUAACGAAUAAUACGUUUUUCAUGAUACCGUGGUUGGCGGCACAUAAUCUCUGCUUUUAUUUGGUUUAUCCAUGAUGUAUGUUGUUGAUGUUCGGUCCUUAUACAUGUAUGUAAGGUACGACAAUUUGUCUUAUUCAGUCUAAAUGAAGCUAGUGAGUGUAAAGUACUGCUGUAGGUUAGGUAGUGAGCAUGACUGGGAUCGGGACGGUCACAGGCAGUGACAUGUAUCAUGUUUGAGUAAGUCGAUUUGAAACCCUUUUUGGACAUUCUGAUUUAACAGAUUAUAUUAUACUUGAUUGAAGUUUAUCUUAGCUGUUUAUACAUAAAGAGGUAACAGCUAGGGACGUAAUAUAUUUUGCGCAUUUCAAGGUGGAUGAAGUAAGUAAUACACACAAAUAGUUAAUUAAGUCAAUAAGGUCAUUAAUGAUUUAGCGCAAAAAAUGUAAGAGCCACAGUAAAAAUUAUAUAAUCUCUAAAAUAUGAAAUCAAAUGAUAUGUUAAUUGUUAACAAGACAUCAUAAAAACAAAAAACAACAACAACAACGUAUUGGUCGGGGCUACUGAAUACUUACCGACUGACGUUUUAACAGGGACUCAAACCUCAAUUCAAUCAGCCUUGUGACUGCCUCUUUUCCAGAAAAUCAUAUGCGUUUAAGGAGAUCCUGGCGUUGUCUGUAGAUUGGCAAAUAAGUUAUAUUUAUUAUUUUUUUCAAUGAACAAAGUUGUAGUUAUACAUUUUGUGCAUAUUUUGUCUAUUAUAUUAUGCUACACAUGUAACGAAAUACAGUACAAGUGUUGAAA